CUUCCUUAGUACUGAUAGUAGUCGAGGUUGUUACUGUAUGGACGUCUCACCACAUUAAACAGCUGUAACGAGAUUAAGUUUAUUUUCAGAUCGCAUAUCGAUAGUACGCAACACAACUGUGAUGCAGCGACUACCUGCAGAUACUGAAUGAAAGCAAUCUGAUUCUGAAGCGAAUCGAUCCCGAUGAAGUAAAUUACACACUUCAAAUCUAAAUGCUAGGACCAGGAACACUGACUGUUAUUUUUCUUGUAACACUAAAGGCUACAGAAGUGGUUUAUGGAACUGCUGUACCCCAACAACCAUGUGAUGUCCACUUUAAAUCCUUUAACCUGAAGAAUGUCUUGCAUUGGAGUCCAGGGAAAGGAAACAACAAUGGAACUCACUAUACAGUUCAAUACAUAAUUUAUGGUGGGGAGAAAGACGUCUGGCAUGAUCAAAAGCAGUGUACAAAUAUCACUAGAACGUGGUGUGACCUUUCCAAAGAGACCAGUGACUUAGAUGAAGAAUACUAUGCAAGAGUCAAGGCAGUCUUAAAUGACAUUUCUUCGAACUGGACAGAAUCUACAAGGUUUGAUCCAAAAUUGCACACCAAAAUUGGGCCCCCAUCAUUGAAAGUCAGAGCUGGUGAAAGAUCCAUUUUUAUCCGAUUAAGUGGUCCAAAGAAAUGGCAGUUUGAUAACAAAACCAAAGCGAAGUCAAUGGCUAAAUAUUACAAAAACCUGCAAUACAAUGUGUCUCUGUACAAUGAUAAAACUAAACAGUUGUUGUACUUCCAACUGAAAAACAACUCACAAACCCUUGACAAGUUAGACCACAAUACACGGUACUGUGUGUCUGCCAGGACAAAGGUAAAUGGGCAAAACAGUGAACCUUCCACAGAGCAGUGUGUGACCACACCAAAGGAUACCUCUUCAGAAUGGUUGGUCUUCAUCAUGUUUAGAUGUAUUUUGCCUUCCGUGGUUGCUUUCUUUCUUAUCAUUGUGAUUUUAUAUCUUAUUUACCGAUAUGUGUUUGGCAACUAUCCAAAAACACCCAAAAACCUGUUGCUGCAGAACAAUUGUGAGUCGAAGGCAAAGGUCAUCUUUGUUCCUUAUGACAACUUAAAAGUAAAUAUUAUUGCCUUUAGUGCUAUCGACAACUCCACUUUGAAUCCAGGGGGCGAAACUCAGCACAUCAAAUAUGGCUCUGCCUAUGUAAUCCAAUCCACCAGUGAGUCUCAACCUGCGAAGCACUUGGGCUAUGCAUCCCACCUAGAAAAACAUUUGUUAGCUAAAGAUCCUGAAACUUUGGCAAGCAAUGAAGGUCAACAAAACGAUCCCCCCAAUUACAGGAGACACACAGGAAUGAGGCCACUGAGUGAAGAUUAUGGAUAUGGAACUGUUCUGAAGGUUCUGUCAUCCUUCGAACAGCACGACCAGCUGUCAGAAAACAAAGACUUAAUGAGGUCUGCUUCCAUUGGGGUCAGUCAAAAAGCAGCAUUUAACCCAGGCUUUGAAACCCACCUGAUCAGUGAAGAGGAAGCUGUGCAACCACAGGUUCAUUUAUAUAUUCAAGCACAGAUGAGAAAAGGACAAGCACAGGGCAGUGAGGGGAGCCAUUGUCAACAGUUUGACAAGGACACAAAGCUGAGUCUAUGCUGGGAUUUCCCAGAGGAGGCUGGACAAGGAGAAGGAACCAUUCUUGUGGACUGGGAUCCCGAGAGUCGUACGCUGCACAUGCCCAUCCUUCAUGAACUGGAAAAUGAAGUACCGGUAGUUGACACUGAAAAGGCAGAAUGUUGUGUGGAGGAAAAGACUAGCCUUUUGCCCACUGUGUACUUGAGGCAGUCUUCAGGAGAGUCUUCUGACAAUGAAGACACCUACCUGACAAGAUUAGUUAAAAACUGGGGCUUGCAUGUACAAAUGGAAGAAUAAGUUGUCUGCAGUUUGCUUAUUUGUUCAACACAGACCUAAAAUGUGUAAUUGUAAGAAACAUGGCAUUGCCCUGAGGCCUUAAACAAUAUAUUGUAUUUACUGUAUAUAGGAACCUGAUCUCACCAGACUGUAAACCCCAGAACACAAUUGAUAUAUUCAAUACUUGUAAUAAGAGAGGCACUUUGAAUAGGCAGUCACCUUAGGACCAGGUAAUGUAGGUUUUACUGUGUUUCAGGAAAUACAUAAAAUAUGACCUUUUGUUUUUAUUAUAAAAAAGUAAAGUCUUACCUAAGCUGUUACAUCUUAAUGGUGCUUUGUGAAUGUUAUUAAAUUACUGAUACACUUCCAUGAAAAGGAAAUAACCCAACAGGUGAUAAUCAUGCAUGUCCAAGUACUGGACGAAUGAAGGACUCCUUUUUCACCUUAUUGAGAUGAAAAGUAGUGUAUAUAGUCAAAUAUAAUUGUAUGUUCAAGAAAACAUCUCACUUUUAUUAGUAAUGGGACACCAUUCAGAACAUGAGACUGGCAUUCGAUGCUGCUGUAGUUCGGCAGGUCGAGUGAGCAAUGUUGUAGAAUUCGGUAAAAAAACUGCAACAUUAUUGGUUAAUAUAUCUUGUCUAUGCUUCAUUUAAGCAAGUACCAUAGGUAGGUAUUACACAGGAUUACUUUUUACUUGCAGGGUAUUGCUAAAUGGCAAUUAAUAUAAGCAUUAUUUGUAUGCAUUUGACAAACUGUUCUACUUAAUUUACCAUGAUGAAACGAGGCAGAUUGUUUUAUUACAAUUAAUGCACAUAGUAUGUAAGCUGUAAUUAUAUGUGACAUAAUACGUUAUAAGUAAAUUACAUAGUACUUAAUGUUUAUUUACAGAAAAUCCUGAAUUAAAACCUACAGGAAUUUUACGGGAAAUAUUAAGAUAAAGUUAAGACUGGGGUAUUAAACCAGCAGCUUAGCUUUCUUUACUGCAAUGCUUUUGUGACAUACUACAAAUGGUACAGAUGAAGGCCAUGUAAUCUUAUCUUUAGUGCUGGUUUAGUUUCUUCAAGGGUGUUUUGGCUAUUGUGCGUGACCUUUCAUUUACUGGUAGGAUGUUAAUGAAAUACAUUUUUUAUUUGGUAUAUAUGUUACAGUGAAUGUGUGAAAUCAGUGAUUGUAUAGAAUUGCAAGUGAAUGUAUACAGUCACUAAAAUUGGCCAGUGGAUGUGUUACAUAUUGAGAAAAUUCAAACAUUUUAUACAUUCACUAGGGAUUGUAUCGAAUCACUGGUAGUGCAUGCGUAGAUGCCAUUUUUUUUUUUACAAUUACAAAUUCUAUCAACAUUUUACAUGCAUUUAUAGUUGUAAUUUUAUAGUUACAUUUAUAACUGCAUACUAAUUUUUGGGACAAUAUUAUAAUUUUUGCUUUUUCUAUUCUAUGGACAUUUUACAUGCACCUAUCGUUUAUUACAUUAUAAUUUGUUUGAAGAUUAAGUUGUU